CAUGCCACGGGGCCCCUGGGCCGCGCCUGGCUGGGCGCUGGUGCUACGAUUGCUGGCCCUGCUUCGGCCCCCGGCGCUGAGCGACGCGUGCAGCUGCGUCCCAGCGCACCCCCAGCAACACGUCUGCUACUCGGCGCUAGUGAUCCGGGCCAAGAUCGCCAGUGAGAAGGUGGUUCCUGCCAGUGCAGACCCUGGUGACACCCAAAAAAUGAUCCGAUAUGAAAUCAAACAGAUAAAGAUGUUUAAAGGGUUUGAGAAAGUCAAGAAUGUUCAGUAUAUCUACACACCUUUGGAUUCCUCCCUCUGUGGUGUGAAACUAGAAGUCAGCAGCCAGAAACAGUAUCUCUUGGCUGGUCAGGUCCUGAAUGAUGGAAAAGUCUUCGUCAAUCUCUGCAACUACAUCGAACCCUGGGAGAACCUGUCCUUACUGCAGAGGGAAAAUCUGAAUCCUCACCAUCUAAACUGUGACUGCCGAAUUACUACCUGCUACACUGUGCCCUGCACCAUCUCGGCGCCCAACGAGUGUCUGUGGACAGACUGGCUGCUGCAGCGGAAGCUCUACGGGUACCAGGCCCAGCAUUAUGUCUGCGUGAAGCUUGUUGAUGGCACCUGCAGCUGGCACCGGGGUCGCCUGCCCCUCAGGAAGGAGUUUGUGGGCAUCAACCAUCCUUAG